AUGGAUUCUACCAAAAAAAUGCACAAGUCGCUCGCUUUGUUGGCUCUCUUGGCCGCCUCUGCCCUCGCCGUAGGAGACUACCACAUGGAUGUCAUCAACAGCGCCAACAAGAAAAUUCGCUUCUACGACUACAAGGGUCACCGAACCUGCUUAUGCAUCAAGAACAUCCAGAGCGCCAAGAUUCAUAACGUAGACGUCGGUGACGCCAAGCUGUUCUCGACCACGGAUUGCACUGGAAACUAUUCCAACCUCGGCAAGGGUAACACCCAGUCCAAUGCCCAGUGGGUCAACAGUUUCUCGUUUGGUGACUCUGGCAAGCCUUCGCAGGUCGCUGAUGCAUCCUGCCCCAAGUACACUGGUUGGGAAUAA